GAUGAUAGAUAGAUAGAUAGAUAGAUAGAUAGAUAGAUAGAUAGAUAGAUACAUUGAUACAUAGAUGAUAUUUGUUGUUUAUAUUGCAAACUUUCAGCCCAGGCUUGAUUGGAUUGAUAAUAUAGUACAUGAAUAAAACUGUACUUCUUUAGAAGUUCGAUGCUAAAUGAAUCAAUAAAUAAUUAACAACCAUUUAUUUAUUAUUAUUAUUUUUCGGUCUGCUUAAUUGCCAAAUGUUUUUACUCUUUAUUAAUUGUUUUUCUCCAACAAAUUCAUACCUUGUAUCUUCAUCUACUUAAGGGUUUUAUAAUGAAUAUACUUCUCUAAGGAGUAAGAUCUAACAUAGAAACCAUUUCUAAUGGAAUGAAACUGCUGUUGCGGGUCAUUACCAGUGUUUCCAGAUGCCCAGAGCAUGGUGCAGGGGUGCAGGGGCUGUCACACACACACAAACACACACACACACACACACAAACACACACACACACCUGUACCGUGGAAUCAGAUUGGAUGGGGCAGUCAGAUGGUGGCAGAUCACGUGGCCCAGGCAGGCAGCUCAGUGUAACGGGGAAAAAAUGGGGUUUUGUGUAAAUGUGGGGGUUUAGUGGUGCUGUAUAUCAAAGCCGCCUCGUAAAACCGACACCGGAGCCUACCGGACUACAAAUCACAGCUUCAUAAAUAUGACUUCUUCCUAUUAUGUGAGCGCGCUGUUCAGCAAAUACACGGCGGGGGCUUCUCUCUUCCCAAACGCCGAGUCCACUUCUUGUUCCCUGGCUAACAACUCCCAGAGAGGCGCCUAUGGCUCCGGCCCAUUCCCUUCCUCCGUGCCCAGCUUGUAUAGCAGCCCCCUCUACCAGAACCCCUUCCCCGGCUACAGCCUGGCCUCCUCCGACCCCUACAACUUGCACUGCUCCAGCCUUGAUCAGAACAUUCCGCUGCUCUGCAAUGAGCUGCCCAAGGCCGACGAAGCGGCUCUGCACCAUCAGGCGGACUCCCAUUUCCGCAUAUACCCCUGGAUGAGAUCCUCAGGUCCGGACAGGAAAAGGGGUCGCCAGACUUACACCCGUUACCAGACUCUAGAGCUGGAGAAAGAAUUUCACUUUAAUCGCUACCUAACCCGCAGGAGGAGAAUAGAAAUCGCACACGCCCUGUGUCUGACUGAAAGGCAAAUCAAAAUCUGGUUUCAGAACAGGAGAAUGAAGUGGAAGAAAGAACACAAGGAGGAAAGUGGUCAGACCCCCGACGCUGGAGAAGAAUCCACUGCACCCACUACUACUGCAGACGACAAAGCUAAAGAAUGAAACGCCAUAAAACAAGGACAAUUUGUACUGUGGGCUUUGCACGUGACUGGGCCAGAUCUCAAGGGAACAUUCUGCUAAAUGUCAUUAUUUUCAUAAAUGUAAAAGUUGAAAGUUGGAUGUAGGCCCCCGACGAGUCGGAGAAGGGUUCAUUCAGUCCAACCAGGUGUAACUGUAGUCUAUAAAGAAAAACAAAAAAAAUGAAGUUAUUUUACUUUACAUUCGUAUUAUAUAUAUAAAUAUAUAUUGUACAUUUACAUAACAAAACCGAAAAAAACGAUGGUUUGUAUAAUGCAAAAAAAAAAAAACACCUUUUUCUUAACUACCUAACGCCUCCGGCUAAAUCCCAGGUACAGGGAAAAAAAUAUAAAACGGAGCUACCUAUGCGACAGAAUCGUUUAGUGCUACUGUGUCUGUGCGUCUCCAAGAUACAAAUAAAGGGCCAAACGCACCGAAACGACCACUACAUGUUAAUGUAUACUACCUAGUCCAGUCUAACAACUACCUGUUUGUGCUUUUUUUGUGAUGCUAUGAAUUUUAGAUAGUUCUUAAAUGACGAAAAUGUAUUCUAUUGGUAAAAAAAACAAAUGUGAAUUUUGAAUUGUGCGUGUCAUUUUUUUUUAAUUAUAAUUAUAGAGAGAAGCCGCAGCUAACAUAUCAGUACUGACUGAUGCUCAUAAACUGAAGUGCAUACAAAUAAGUGUUACAAUGUGUGUCAUGAACAGUAGUUUCUUCCCACAACCUUCCAAUUUGAUAUUUCAGCAGUUUAGUGACCACAUCCUUUGUAUUCCAUGGUUUACAUUUUGAUAAAUUGUUAUGAAGCCUAAAUAUUAAAGUAUUAUUUUUUAAAAGUCUUUGUGCUGGAACAUGAGUUCAUAUGACGGGGAACAUUUAAAGCAUGAGGAAUAUGAAAUAAAAAUGUGUGUGUGUUUUGUACAUGUAAAGGUGUAACAUUUGCUCUUAUAAUUCGAUGGAUGGUAAAUGUGAUUAUUUUAAAUCCUUUUUUUUUGUUUUGCAUUGCCUAUGUACAAUCAAUUACAUUCAGAGUUGUAUCCAUGCAAAAUAUAUAUAUAUUUUUUUGUUCAACAUAAUAAAGUCAUAGAUGUUC